AUGAUUUUCAAUAGAUUGUUUAAAAAAAAACUCGAAAUUGAAGUUGACUUGUACAUACUAAAGAAGGAGUCUACACCCCUGGCUUUGGAUGCAAAAUUAAGCAUUAACAAAAAUGAAAUAUCGAUUUAUAAUUCUUCCAAAAAAUAUAUAUUUAAUGAAAACAAUAUUCAUGAUUUUAAAUACCAUGAAAUAGACAUGUGCCAAUUUAAAUAUUUGCAAAAUGGAUUAGUAGAGGAAUAUGGGUUAGUUUUUUCGGAAGUAAAAAACAUGUACUAUUUUUAUAAAUAUAUAAUGCUCAGUUAUUUAAAUGGAAAUAUAAUUUUAACUCGGAAAAUAAAUUUGUAUAAAUAUACUCAACUUGAAAAAAAAUUAUUCAAAAAAAAUUAUUUUGCAGUUUUAAUUUUUAAUACGUCGAAAUGUGAGCAUAUAUUGGUGGUCGUUAGAUCGAAUAAAGUAAAAAAGGAAAAGUGUGCAAAUAUUCAAGGAAAUGAAAAAGAUGUUAUAAAUAUAGAUUUAACAACACUUGGAACGGAACAAGAAGAAAACAAAUGCAUUACCAUUUCUGAUGAUACAAAGAGUGAGCUAGCAUAUGAUAAAGAAUGUGAACAAUAUUACGAGGAAUUUAGUAUAAAAAACCUUAAAGAAUUAUACAAAAGAAAUAAAGUAUUUUUAAUAUAUAUCCUAAACUCCUUUAACGAUAUUUACUUGGGAACUGAAUCUAUUGGUUUGCAUAUACAAAAAUAUUUUAUUAGUAACAUGCUCAAAUUUAUUGAAUAUAAAACAUUAUAUUCCGAUGGGGAAAAUUAUAAAAAAUAUUAUGUAGAGGAUAGUGAAAGUUCUGAAGACAUUUCUAAUAGUGCUAAUAUUGAUGAUAAAGAAAAUACAAAUAUAUGUGAAAUUAAAAAAGGGAAAGAAAAAUGUCUAGAUAAAAUAAACAAAGAAAACAAUGUCGAUAAUGAUGAUAAUUUAGGAAAUGAAAUAAACAAAUUAAAUGAAAAACUUCUAAUCAUUAUAGAAUCGAAUAAAAUAUUAAUAGAAUAUAUUCGAAAUAUAUUGAUAUAUAGACAUGACUUUAAAAACAAUAUAAUUCAUAUAAAACAAAACUAUGCUGAUACACAUUUAAACUCUCAAGUAUAUGGAAAAUACAGCGAUAUCGAUGAAAGGGAGAGAAAUGAUAGUAGAUAUAGUGACAAUGAUAAAGAAGACAAUGAUGAUAAUAAAAGUAAGCAUUAUUCAGUAUUAUCUGAUUUUGAGAAUUCUGAUAAUUUAGAUGAUAAUGAUUCAAAUAGUGAUAUGAAAUAUAAAUAUGUAAAUACAAAUGAGAAGUAUUCAUUUGUUUUUAGACAAAAUUAUAUGCCCUCAAAAGGAAGACGUAAUAAUAAAAAAAAUAAAUGGGUAGAACGAAGAGAAAAAAGAGAGCACAUUAUGGAUAAAAUAGAAACCGAACUAGAUGAUAUGAAUUAUGAUAAUGUGCUUAACGAUUUAAGUAUUUACAAAUUUGAUGAAUAUGGAAAAGAAAAGAAAAUAUAUAAUUCUAAAAAGAAUUUAUUUGAAUAUAAAAAUGAGAAGUGUAUACCAAAGAAUGCCCAUAUUAACGAUCAUGAAGGAACUAAAAUAAUAGUACUAAAUGAAAAGAAUGAAAAUAAUUUAUUUAUGAUUGAUAUAAAUAGUGAAAAGAUAAUACGAAAAUGGGAUACGGAAUAUAUACCUAUAAUUGAACUAUUAAAAAAAGAAGAAAAUAUUUAUUGUGGUUAUAAUAAAAGUAGUAUAUAUUAUGUUGAUACAAGAAUAAAAAAUUGUAUACAAAACCAAUUACAGUAUAGCAAAAAUACACCAGGUAUUGAACAUGCUAGUAUGGAUAAAUAUGGAAGAAUAGCUUUAUCAAAUACACAUGGUGAAAUAAAAUAUUUUGAUGGUAAAUUAAAUAAAUAUAAUACAAUAAAAAAUUGUAAAAAUUCUAUUUUUUGUUCAAAUGAUAUUGUUGAUUUAAUUGUAUCACAAGACGGUUUAUAUUCUGUAAUUACAUGCGAAAAAAAUGUAAUAAUUUGUGAAAAUGUAAUAGAAAAUAAUAAUCGUAAUGAUAAUGUUUUUGAAAAAUUAAUUAAAAAAUCAGAUCGUUCAAAACAAAAAAAAAUACUUUUACAAAUACAUUAUAUUGAUGUAUUUACAUAUAAUCUCGGAAAUUAUGUAUUUAUUAAAAGUCUAAUAAAUAAUGACAACAGUUUAAUUUUCACUUUCUCCAAACAGUUCUAUGUAGUAUGGUAUUUAAAGGAAGCAAUUAAUAAUCAAAUUUCAUAUAUUAUUAAAAAAGUUAAUGAUAAUAUUUCCGAUAUGUCAUUUUAUAAUACAAACAAUAUUCAAGGAAUUAUUAUGGCCACUGAAAAUUCUCUUAAGUCUAAACAAAUUAAGUACAUAUAG